UUGCUUCUUUUUGUUUCGAUUCGCGAUCCUUCUCUCUUAACUCAUUUACCUCACCAACAUCAGCAUUCCACUCGCAAUCGAUUUUAUCAUCCCCGAACCACACACGCUGAUCUUUAUGGGCGACUCUCCACGGCCCAGCAACAGUAACCCCUCUGGUGCCGCUAAUACUGGCUCAAGUCAGGGCAAUGGAUCGAAAAGGACGCCAGCCAAGCUGAACCCGGACGCCAAGGACUAUGUCCCACACCCAGCCACCAAUGAGGGUGCCAGUGGUAGUAGUGCCAAUACCGCCAACCUCCAGGCUGGUGGAUCGAACAACAAUCCGCGCAACAGGAGGAGACGGAACCCUGAUCCAAGCAAGGCUGGAUCCAACAACGGCCGCGACUCCCUGAAAGGCGAAGCAAGCAAGCUUACAGAAAACGGCAAGAAGGGAGGCAAUAGAAACAAUAAUACCAAUAAUACCAACAAUACCAACAAUGUUAACAGUACCAGCAGUAGAAGCCGUCGCAACCGUGGACAUGCCCCCAAGCAACUGGUGGAAGGUGGAGCGCGCAUCGACGAUGAUGAUGAUGAUGAUAUAGAGAUUAACAUGGAGCGCCCUGUCGAACCAACGGAAGUCGAAGCAGCCGGGUCAGAGCCUGCAUUAAAUUCUGUGCAGGGAUCAGGACAAAAUACAGCAUCAAGUCGUGAGGGACGUCGCAAAGGCAAGGAAGCGACCAAUACAUCGUCGGCAAGACUGCAGCAGAACAACAGGAGUGAUAAUGGGCGAUCCAGAGCUAAUGGAGUGAAUAGACAAGCAGAGAGCUCCUCCUCAACACGCGCAUCUGUCCCUGGAAGCAACAGCAGUAAUAACAGCAGACGUCAAAGAAACAGAAAAACCGGCGAUCUUGGUGGCCGCACCUUUCCAUCUAUGCCCAUCUCAGAUCAGGCAGGAGAAUCAUCGGGGUCUCAACGUAAUGCGCAGAGGAAUGCGCUAAGAGCUCAGCCAAGGAAAUUUGUGCACAAAAUCGAGGAAGAUCGCGAUCUAAUGGCUGCGCUGACUGCGGGUCUCAGCAACUCGACAUACGACUGCAUGGUGUGCUGGGAUGUCAUUCGGCCUGCGCACAAGGUGUGGAACUGCCAGGUCUGCUUUGCGGCGUUCCACCUCGAUUGUCUUUCUACCUGGGCUAAGAAAUCAUCUGAAGAUCCGAACAAUAACGGAACAGGAUGGAGGUGUCCAGGAUGUCAGAACACACAGGUUUCUAUCCCUAAGGAAUACGUCUGCUUCUGUGGCAAAAUCAGCAACCCCGACUUCAAUCGAUACCUCACUCCCCACUCUUGCGGUGAGCUCUGCGGACGUCCGAGAGACUGUCCUCACCCAUGCAACAUCCCAUGCCAUCCUGGACCAUGCCCUCCCUGCGGCGGCCUCGGUCCCAUUCAGUCCUGUCACUGUGGAAAUGAAACUUUCCAGUUGCGCUGUGCCGACACGGAUUUCACAUUCCAGACAGGAAAGUCGUGUAACCAAAUCUGUGGGGAGCUACUCGGAUGUGGAAAGCACACCUGCUCUUCCGUCUGCCACGCUGGAUUGUGCCCACCAUGCGACCAAACACAGGAACAAAAAUGUUAUUGCGGGAAGCAUGAACAUCAGGCGCGCUGUGGCGAUGGGGAGCCCAGAACGACAUUAGUCGAUGGCGAAGAGCGGAUAGGAUUCUACGAGUGCCAUGAGAUCUGCCAUAGACCUCUUGCCUGUGGUAAGCAUGAAUGCACCAAGACCUGCCAUCCAUUGGAUGAAGAGCCGGGACAAUGCCCAGCCAGGCCCGAGGUCGUCAAGACUUGUCCCUGCGGAUCCAAAACCAUCGAGACGCUACUCAUGGGUAAAUUGCGAACAUCUUGCACGGAUCCGAUUCCAGUAUGUGGAGGCCUGUGCAAAAAAACCUUGAACUGCGGUCAUCGAUGCAUGCAAAAGUGCCAUUUAGGAGAGUGCCAGCCGUGCAAGAUGACAGUUACCGUCGACUGUCGCUGCGGAUCAACGCGAGUCCAGCGAGUUUGUUCAGACAUGGGAAUGUAUGGCGACGAGCGUCCAACCUGCGACCGCCUCUGCCGCGGCCUUCGUACUUGUGGAAAGCACGAAUGCACAAAUCGGUGCUGUCCCGCCAAGAACAGGGGCAAGGGCACGAAGAUUGACCCUGUUGUAUUGGAAGCCCACAUCUGCCCAUUGGUCUGUGGCAAAAAGCUGCAGUGUGGAGUUCAUACCUGCGAGAUGUUGUGCCACAAAGGACACUGCAACCCUUGCUUGAACGCGUCGUUUGAUGAACUUUCGUGCGCCUGUGGUCGUACUGUGUUGUAUCCUCCGAUUCCCUGCGGAACCUCCAUCCCCAAGUGCAGGCACACCUGCACUCGACCUCGCGCCUGUGGUCAUACGUCAUUCUCAAGCCAUCCCUGUCAUCCAGACAGUGAACCUUGUCCCCCCUGUAUCAUGCUUGUUGCGAAGCAGUGUAUGUGCCGAAAGUCCAAGAUGCCCAAUGUUCCAUGUUACAAGAGCAAUCCAUCAUGUGGCAAGGUCUGUGGUAAGGGACUUGAGUGUGGUCUGCACAAGUGUAUCAAAUCAUGCCAUUCGGGCGAGUGCAUAAGUCCACCCUCGGAUAUCUGCACCCAGGCGUGUCCCAAGCCCCGCAAGAGCUGCGGUCACCGGUGUGGCAUCGCUUGCCAUGGCAAUACACCCUGCCCUGAAGAUCAGCCCUGUCAAACCACUGUGCCUUCGAGCUGCAAGUGCGGACAUUUGACCAUGGAGUCUACCUGUAACGCGACAGCCGAUAAUCCAUGGGAUGGAAAGCUACGAAUCAUCAAGUGCAAUGAUUACUGCUUGAUCGCAGAACGUAACAAGAGAGUCGCUCUUGCUCUGGAGAUCGAGGAAGGCGUCUCUGCACCUGAACCCCGUAUCCCGGAUUAUGAUUCAUAUGUUCUCGACUACGCCUCCGCUAAUAUGGAGUUCACACUCAAAAUCGAGAAGCAACUCGCUGAAUGGGUCGCUGAUACCUCAAAGCCGAUCCUGUACUUCCCUCCGAUGAAGGGACAUCGCCGCAAGUUUGUGCACGAGCUCGCAGCUCACUACGACGUGACAUCCGAGAGUGUCGACGUGGAGCCGUAUCGUAGUGUCACGGUCCGCCGACAGCUCAACACAUCAGUCCCGGAUCUAUUGGUCUCUCAGGCUUGUCGCCAGAAGCGCCCUGCCACUUCGACGAGUAGCUCCGCUGUUGAACAGCUUCGCAAGCCGAUGAUCAAGGAUCCUGUGAACGCCAUUUACUUGCACGAUCUAGCAUUCGGCUUGACGAGGUCGGAACUAGCAGCUCAGAUGGCGCCGGUCUUUGGGAACAUCAAGUACGGUAUUCGUUGGUUGACCGAUGAUGAUGCUGUCCUUGUGCCGCACCCCGGCUCGAUGCAAAUGGAUGAGUUGGAGGCAGUGCUGGUCCGUCUUCGAACCGGAAUCAAGUCUGCCGCAGCUAAGGGCAACCUAUGCGAGAGAGUCGAGCUCUGCUGGGUCAACAAGGAAGGAGAGGUCGUCAGUCAUACGAACGUCGGCAGUGGAUCACAGUCAAAGCGGUUCUUUAAUGCGAGCCAUGGAAACCAGUGGGCUACGAGAACACCUCCCAAGGUCGAGAACACAUUUGCACUGCUGGAUGACGAUGAGCGGAUUGCGACAGCGAAGAGGGCGGAAGAGGAGAGGAUCUUAAAGGCCAAGGAGGCUGCUGGAACGUUGAGUUCUGAUGCAUGGGAGGAGGAGGCCAGUACGUCUAGCGCCACAAUUGUUCCGCCUGCCCAUACAGCUAAUAUCUCUGGGUCUUUGGCAAGUGGGCUGAACCUGUCUCAAUCGUCUUCUGUAGGGGGCCCCCUGAAGCUGGGUCAGUCGCAGGCUGCGGAGGACUUGACAAAGUUUGUUGUUAUAAAGGGAGGGGAGUUUACGGAUGAGGUUGUCGACGACUGGCAGGACCUUAUCGAGGACGAUGAUGAAGACGAAGAUGAAACCGAAACUGGCGAUGCUGUCAAGACUGAUACCAACGAAACUACGCAGGGAGAUGAUCAGGACAAGGCGGCUGAAAACCUCGACGAGAAAAAGGGAUCGCUGAGCAAGACAAGCAGCGACGACGAGGGAGUAUUGGUCAGCCAGGAGGAAUCGCCACAAGUGGAACAGACGGAGCAGCCAUAGAGUCCUACACUACAACACAACCCAUAGUUGGGCCGCAAAGGACUAUAGAAUACCAACCCUAAAUGAAGUUUUUUUUUCUGUGCCACC